AUGACUAAAAAAUUAUACCCACCAGUUCUGAGAAAACAAGGAAAGGAAAAACCAUAUCCAAUGAUCAGUUCCAGUCCAGAAGAUGUUCAUAGCUCAUCGCAGCAUACUAACACCCUUAUUGUAGGAGCACCUUUUGUAAAAGCUGUGGCAUGUGCAAUCUUUGUACCGCCCAGACAUGGCAGGAAACAACAUCUUCUCGGCCAAAAAGAAUGCACCUAUGGCCCAGCUUACUGGUGCCAAAACUUAACCAAUGCCGGUAAUUGUCAUGCCACAAAACACUGCAUCCAAACCGUAUGGAUUCACAGACAAUACCCCGAAGAUACUACAAGCAUUUGUGACACUUGCAAAGAAAUGGUGAAAGAAGCCAGAGACCAAUUGGAAAGUAAUGAGACUCAGGAAUUGAUCAAAGAAGUUUUUGAAGGCUCCUGUGCUCUUUUGCAUCUCAAGCCCAUUGUUGAAGAAUGCGACAAAAUUGCUGACCAAUAUAUCCCUGACCUAAUUGACACUUUGGCAUCUCAAAUGAACCCUCAGACUGUUUGUGCUGUUGCAGGAUUGUGUAACAAUCCUAGAAUCAAUCAACUUUUGCUCGAAGAUGUUGCCAAUAAGCCUACAGGAGCACCACCAAAAGAGAGCCGUUGCGAUGAUUGCAAAACUGUAAUGGAUAUUGUUGUCAACAAUUUCCAGAAUAUGAAGAGGGAUGAUUUCUUGCAGUCACUUUUAAAAGUUUGUGGAGAAUUCAGUAGCUUUUCUGAUUCCUGCAGCAACAUUGUCAUCACCUAUUUCCAAGAUAUUUACUUGUACUUGCAGCAAAAUUUGAACGCUGGAGAUUUCUGUUUGCUUUCUGGAGAAUGCUAUGCUAAUUUCCACAAACACGAAGUGGAAAUUACUCCUAUGUCUAAAAUUGGAUAUGUUCCAGUAAAGGCUGCAAAAGACAAUGACGAUCUUCCAUGUGAACUAUGCGAACAAUUAGUCACCCACCUUAGAGAAGUUUUGAUUGCCAAUACAACUGAAGCUGAAUUCAGAUUGGUGUUGCAAGGGCUUUGCAAACAAACCAAACAAUCAUUUCAAAAGGAAUGCUUGAGCAUUGUCAAUCAAUAUUAUGACAUGAUUUAUGGAUACCUUGUUAAUGAACUUAAUGCUAAUGCUACUUGUCAGUUGAUCAACAUUUGCCCAUCAAAAGCUAAGGAAGUUGGAAUAAUUGCUCCUCUGCUUCCCUUUAAAACUGUUGAAGUUGCCAAGAAACUCAACAAAGAACAUGAAUAUAUUCCUGAAGAUGAUCUUGUUGUAAAAGUAAUCAAACCUAAACAAGAAAUUUUAUCUGCUCAAGAGAUGCAAUUACCCAUCGACCUACUUGUGCCACCCCAUCAACAAGUCUACAACAAAGAAACUUGCAUUUUCUGUCAAUAUUUCUUGCACUAUUUGCAGACAGCAAUUACUGAUCCAAAAGUUGAGGACGAAGUCAAAGACGUUAUAGACAAAGCCUGCUCCAAACUUCCAGUAUCUGUAAACGAAACUUGCAUUGCAUUUGUGAACACUUACGAACCUGCAUUGGUGGCCCUUAUUGCCCAGGAAAUCGAUCCUUCUCAGAUUUGUCCAUUGAUUAAACUUUGUCCAUCGCAAGAAGAAGCCCCUCAAGUGGAAAUAUUUAUGAAUGCCAAAUCGUCUUCUCAAUGUCCACUUUGUUUGUAUGCUGUAACUGAAUUGGAGACUAUGAUUAAAGGCAAAAAAACCAAGGAAGAAGUAAAAGAUUGCCUAACCAAAGUCUGCAAUCGUCUUCCUGGCAACUUGAAGCCAGAGUGUACCGAUUUUGUCAACACUUACACCGACGAACUCGUAGAAAUGCUUAUUGCCGACUUUAAACCUCAAGAAGUUUAAACCAACGCAAUUUACGACGAUACUGUUGGCGGCCAUCCAAUUGAGCACCUGAGCGACGAAAAAUGCGUUUUAUGUGAAUUUGUCAUGAAGGAAAUCGAUGAUAAACUAAAAGAUAAAUCAACAGACGAUCAAAUCAAGGAUUUGGUACAUGGAAUCUGCAAUGCGCUCCCUGGUACCAUCAAAGACUCCUGUAACAAAUUCGUGAACCAAUACGCUGAUGUGAUUAUUGUUUUGCUCGAAGAAACUAUGGAACCGAAAUCGAUUUGUACUUACUUAAAAAUGUGCGACCCACAAAACCAUCCAUUAGGCCUUGUUCAAGAAGAAGUAACCAAAUGCGGAAUUUGUAGAAAUGCUGCUGAUGUUAUGCAAAAGAUUUUAAAAAAUCCUAAAAUCGAUCAGAGUGUUGAGCAUAUUUUUGAAAAGACAUGUCGUGGUUUGCCUUCUGACAUGAAGAAAACUUGUAUGCAUUCUUUUUUCAAAAAUGGAGAGCUAGACUUUACCAAUGUAGCCACUGCUGUGUCUCUAAUGAAUGACAAAGAAAUAGUUAAUCACCAAAUUACUAAUUAUAUCGAAUGUGCCGUUUGUAAAAUAAUCUGCAAAAUUACUCGCUAUAUGUGUGGAUCAAAUUUUAACAGGGAAGCAGUUGAAUUUGUCCUUCAUCAAGUUUGCAAUCUAAUUGCUGGUCCAUUCCGUUCUACUUGUGAAAUAUUAAUUCAUCAGUCUAUCAAUCAAAUAGCUGAUUUGAUUAUAAUAUUUACAGAUGAUGAUGUUGUAUGUAAGUUAGUAAAUUUUUGUCCAGCUGAUGGUGCAAUUAUUAAGGGAAUUGAAUUGGAGUCAGCAAAUGUCCAAAGGAAAUUUGAUUGUCCCAUUUGCAAAGCUGUUGUUAGUGGUAUCAAAGCUCUAGUUAAAUCUGACUUUAGCCAAAAUAAAAUUAAAGAUGCAUUGACAAAAGUGUGCAGUAAAUUACACAAAUUUGGUUCAAAAUGUCAACAUUUUGUCGAUGCUUAUGCAGGAAAAUUGGUUGAAAUGUUAACGAAUGCAGCUACUAGAGGCAAAGUUUGUAAAUUAUUAAAACUUUGUCCAGCGCACGAUAGUCUAGCUGAAGAAGAAGGCAUUUUUGUUGAGGAUGUGGAAAUUACUCAAGAACUAACAUUUGAUUUUGAAGUAGCUGAUAACACUAGGCCAAAUGAUGUGAAAAUUGGCGAAUGUCUUUUGUGUAGAGGCAUUGUGAAGGCUGUCAAAGAAAUUGACCAAGUUAAACGGGCCCUAAGCAAAGCCUGCAGUAAAGUACACUCCAAUCAUUGUCAGUCGUUUGUUAACAAACACUUCAACCAACUUGUUGAUUUAAUUAGUAACGGUUCCAAGAGGGGAAAGGUUUGCAAGUUAAUCAUGGUAUGUUCAACUAGAGUGGAUUUGGAAAAUAAUACCCAAAAUGAAUUAGCAAGUGGUGAAAGUUUUAUUCCUGAGCCGGAAAAUAUAGAAUUAGGCCCUAUUGAAGUUGAAAUGGAUAAUGUUCCUCAAAUUACUCUGGUAGAUUUUGACUUCUCCAAUUUUGACACGGUUGAUAAGAAGAAAAUUGAUUGUACCAUAUGCAAAGCUGUUGUUAGUGGCAUUAAAGCUUUAGUAAAAUCUGACUUCAGCCAAAACAAAAUCAAAGAUGCUUUAACAAAAGUUUGCAGCAAAUUACAUAAAUUUGGUUCAAAAUGUCAACAUUUUAUUGAUGCUUAUGCAGGAAAACUGGUUGAACUAUUAACGAAUGCUGCUACAAGAGGCAAAGUUUGCAGAUUAAUUAAACUUUGUGCUGUGGAUGUUUCUGAUGAACCAAAUGGUGUGGAAAAGGGAUUUGCCGAAGAUGAUAUGGAACAUGUUCCCCAAAUAACUGAAGAAGAAGCUCAAGAUUCUGAAGUAGUUGAUAAUGAAAUUAUUAUUCCUGAGCCAAAUAAUGACCAAGUUAAACGGGCCCUAAGCAAAGCCUGCAGUAAAGUACACUCCAAUCAUUGUCAGUCGUUUGUUAACAAACACUUCAAUCAACUUGUUGAUUUAAUUAGUAACGGUUCCAAGAGGGGAAAGGUUUGCAAGUUGAUCAUGGUAUGUUCAACUGGAGUGGAUUUGGAAAAUAAUGGCCAAAAUGAAUUAGCAAGUGGUGAAAGUUUUAUUCCUGAGCCGGAAAAUAUAGAAUUAGGCCCUAUUGAAGUUGAAAUGGAUGAUGUUCCUCAAAUUACUCUGGUAGAUUUUGACUUCUCCAAUUUUGAUACGGUUGAUAAGAAGAAAAUUGAUUGUACCAUAUGCAAAGCUGUUGUUAGUGGCAUUAAAGCUUUAGUAAAAUCUGACUUCAGCCAAAACAAAAUCAGAGAUGCUUUAACAAAAGUUUGCAGCAAAUUACAUAAAUUUGGUUCAAAAUGUCAACACUUUGUUGAUGCCUAUGCAGGAAAACUGGUUGAACUAUUAACGAAUGCUGCUACAAGAGGCAAAGUUUGCAGAUUAAUUAAACUUUGUGCUGUGGAUGUUACUGAUGAACCAAAUGAUGUGGAAAAGGGAUUUGCCGAAGAUGAUAUGGAACAUGUUCCCCAAAUAACUGAAGAAGAAGCUCAAGAUUCUGAAGUAGUUGAUAAUGAAAUUAUUAUUCCUGAGCCAAAUAAUGACCAAGUUAAACGGGCCCUAAGCAAAGCCUGCAGUAAAGUACACUCCAAUCAUUGUCAGUCGUUCGUUAACAAACACUUCAACCAACUUGUUGAUUUAAUUAGUAACGGUUCCAAGAGGGGAAAGGUUUGCAAGUUGAUCAUGGUAUGUUCAAGUGGAGUGGAUUUGGAAAAUAGUCCUCUAUAUGGACAGAGUUUGUCAGCUCAAGAUGAGCCAGAUACUGUAGAAAUAGACUUUGUUGAAAUCGGUGUAGAUGAUGCUCCCCUCGUAGAUUUUGAAUUCUCUAAUUUUGAAACGAUUGAUAAAAAGAAAAUUGAUUGUACCAUAUGUAAAGCUGUUGUUAGUGGCAUUAAAGCUUUAGUAAAAUCCGACUUCAGCCAAAACAAAAUCAGAGAUGCUCUAACAAAAGUUUGCAGCAAAUUACAUAAAUUUGGCUCAAAAUGUCAACAUUUUGUUGAUGCUUAUGCAGGAAAACUGGUUGAAUUAUUAACAAAUGCUGCUACUAGAGGCAAAGUUUGCAGAUUAAUUAAACUUUGUGCUGUGGAUGUUACUGAUGAAUCAAGUUUCAUUCCUGAAUCGAAUAGUGUGGAAAAGAGAUUUGCCGAAGAUGAUAUGGAACAUGUUCCCCAAAUAACUGGGGAAGAAGCUCGUGAUUCUGAAGUAGUUGAUAAUGAAAUUAUUAUUCCUGAGCCAAAUAAUGACCAAGUUAAACGGGCCCUAAGCAAAGCCUGCAGUAAAGUACACUCCAAUCAUUGUCAGUCGUUUGUUAACAAACACUUUAACCAACUUGUUGAUUUAAUUAGUAACGGUUCCAAAAGGGGAAAGGUUUGCAAAUUGAUCAUGGUAUGUUCAAGUGGAGUGGAUUUGGAAAAUAGUCCUCUAUAUGGACAGAGUUUGUCAGCUCAAGAUGAGCCAGAUACUGUAGAAAUAGACUUUGUUGAAAUCGGUGUAGAUGAUGCUCCCCUCGUAGAUUUUGAAUUCUCUAAUUUUGAAACGAUUGAUAAAAAGAAAAUUGAUUGUACCAUAUGUAAAGCUGUUGUUAGUGGCAUUAAAGCUUUAGUAAAUUCCGACUUCAGCCAGAACAAAAUCAGAGAUGCUCUAACAAAAGUUUGCAGCAAAUUACAUAAAUUUGGCUCAAAAUGUCAACAUUUUGUUGAUGCUUAUGCAGGAAAACUGGUUGAAUUAUUAACAAAUGCUGCUACUAGAGGCAAAGUUUGCAGAUUAAUUAAACUUUGUGCUGUGGAUGUUACUGAUGAAUCAAGUUUCAUUCCUGAAUCGAAUAGUGUGGAAAAGAGAUUUGCCGAAGAUGAUAUGGAACAUGUUCCCCAAAUAACUGGGGAAGAAGCUCGUAAUUCUGAAGUAGCUGAUAACAAAAUUCCUAUUCCUGCGCCAAAUGAUGUGAAAAUUGGGGAAUGUCUUUUAUGUAGGGGCAUUGUGAAGGCUGUUAAAGAAAUUGUUAAACAUUCAUUCACAAAAGACCAAGUUAAACGGGCCCUAAGCAAAGCUUGCAGUAAAGUACACUCCAAUCAUUGUCAGUCGUUUGUUAACAAGCAUUUUAUCCAACUUGUUGAUUUAAUUAGUAACGGUUCCAAAAGAGGAAAGGUUUGCAAAUUGAUCAUGGUAUGUUCAACUGAAGUCGAUUUGGAAAAUAGUCCUCUAUAUGAAGCAAAUUAUGAAAGUCUUAUUCGUGAUCCAAACAGUGUAGAAAUAGGUUCUGUUGAAGUUGAUUCGGAACUUGUAAAUUUUGACUUCUCCAACUUUGAAACGGUUGAUAAAAAGAAAUUCGAUUGUUCCAUAUGCAAAGCUGUCGUUAGUGGUAUUAAAGCUUUGGUAAAAUCUGACUUCAGCCAAAACAAAAUCAAAGAUGCUUUAACAAAAGUUUGCAGUAAAUAUCAUACAUUUGGUGCAAAUAAGUGUCAGCAGUUUGUUCAUGCCUAUUCAGGAAAAUUGGUUGAGCUAUUAACAAAUGCUGCUACUAGAGGCAAAGUUUGUAAAUUAUUAAAACUUUGUCCAACCCACGAUAGUCUAGCUGAAGAAAAAGAAAUUUUUGUUGACUUGGAAAUGGGCAUUGCAGAAGAUGAUAAUAUGGGAAGUAAUUCCCAAAUUAUUCAAGGACUAACAUUUGAUUUUGAAGUAGCUGAUAACAGAAUUAAUAUCAAUGAUGUGAAAAUUGGGGAAUGUCUUUUGUGCAGAGGCAUUGUCAAGGCUGUUAAAGAAAUUGUUAAACAUUCAUUCACAAAAGACCAAGUUAAACGGGCCUUAAGCAAAGCCUGCAGUAAAGUACACUCCAAUCAUUGUCAGUCGUUUGUUAACAAGCACUUUAACCAACUUGUUGAUUUAAUUAGUGAUGGUUCCAAGAGAGGAAAGGUUUGCAAAUUGAUCCUGGUAUGUUCAACUGGAGUCGAUUUGGAAAAUAAUGCCCAAAAUGAACUAGCAAAUGAUAUUUCUGAGCCAGAUAAUACAGAAAUAGACUCUUUUGAAACUGACAUGGAAAAUUUUCCUCAAAUUACUCUGGAACAACUCCUAGAUUUUUUUGGAACGGUUGAUAAAAAGAAAAUUGAUUGUACCAUAUGUAAAGCUGUUGUUAGUGGCAUUAAAGCUUUGGUAAAAUCUGACUUCAGCCAAAACAAAAUCAAAGAUGCUUUAACAAAAGUUUGCAGCAAAUUACACAAAUUUGGCUCAAAAUGUCAGCAUUUUGUCGAUGCCUAUGCAGGAAAAUUGGUAGAACUAUUAACAAAUUCUGCUACUAGAGGCAAAGUUUGCAGAUUGUUAAAACUUUGUGCUGUGGAUGAUAUUACUGAUGAGAUACAUUUUAUUCCUGAGCUUUACAGUAUGGAGAAGGGCCUGCUUGUUGAAGAUGAUAUGGAAAGCAAUUCUCCAAUUACUCUAGAACCAACAUUUGAUUUUGAUAAUGGAAGCAUUACAUCUUACGACGAGUGUUUGGCUUGUCGGUCGGCAGUUACUGGGGCCGUAUAUAUUAUCGGAAAAGACUUCACAAAGGAUAAAGUCCGACAUGUUCUCCUGGGUAUGAAAGAAAUAUGUGAAGUGUACAAAAAAACAGAUUUCGGCUGUUCCCGAUUUCUUAGUCUGAUCAAUAAAUAUUUGGACAAAUUAGUGGAUUUAAUAGCAAAUGAUAAAACUCGACUUGACACUUGCAUGAUUUUAAAAUGGUGCCGUUUCAGAGAUAAUUAUGGUAAUUUUGAAAAUUUCGAUUUGCAGCAAAUAUUUUUAGACAAUUUGUGGCAUCAGAAUUAUUAUGGCCUUGAGAAAGAUGACGAAUGCCUGAUUUGUAAAAAUAUUAUACAUGCGAUUUUACAAUAUGUUAGACGUGAUGUUACAAAAGAAAACAUCCAACAUAUUAUAAACGCUUUCGAACACAUAUGUAAAGCGAACAAAGAAAUUUCGCCUUACUGUCCCACCCUGCUCAAGAUUGUUGAAAAAUAUUCCAAUAAACUUGCCGGUUUGAUAGUAAAUAAAACAACUAGGAAUAAAGUGUGUGAGAUUUUUAAACUUUGUCAAAAAUCAACUUUAGAACCACCCAAUGUUGAAACAAGAUUAUCUACAAGGAAAGAUAAAGUUUGCAAUGUAUGUGAAAUCAUAGUCUUUACAGUAAUUAAGUUGACUAAGCACGAUCCUACAAACAAGACUAAAAUUGAAGAUGCUCUUGAAAUAUUCGAAAACUAUUGUCAAAUACGUAACGAGGAUCCUGCCUGUCCCACAUAUUUGGACAUUCUCAAAAACUACUCUGAUAAAAUGGUAAUUUUAAUACAGGAUAUCAAAACGCAACGGAAAACUUGUAACAUUUUGAAACUUUGUCCUGGUAACCAGAUGAUAGAAUAUCCUCAUCCUAUAAAAGAGAAUGCAAUAGAUGAUGCAGAAUUGGAGUCUUAUAUUUUUGAAGACAAUGGUUUUGAAAAAAAUCACGAUGAGUGUUUUAUUUGUCGAGCGACAGUGUGUGGUAUUGUACAAAUAGUUAAACAAGAUUUUACAAAGGAUAAAAUUCGCCAUAUUCUCACUUCCCUUAAGCAUCUGUGUGAAAAGCGCGAGAAAAAUGUGCCCGAUUGUCGCAAAUAUCUCAAUCUACUUAGAAAACAUUACGACAAAUUUGUCGAUUUGAUAGCUGAUGAGAAAACUCGAUUUAAAGCUUGUAGCAUUUUGAAAAUAUGUCCUACCACUACUGAAGAUGGCCUUUUGAAUUUCUCUGAUCAAGACUUACAGCAAUCUAUUCUAGUAAAUUUAAUGGAACAACAACAAUCAUUUGAGAAAGAUUAUGGAGUUUCCCCGUGUCAACCGUGCCAAUUUGCAAUAAGCAUUUUGAAAAGUUUUGCACUAAAUCCACGCGUCGUGGCACUUGUCCACGAGCAACUAACAAAAUUAUGCAAUCUAAUGUUUGUUUCUCCACAACUAAGAAAUAUUUGUCACAACCAAAUAAAUUGGUAUUGGGCCUCUUUAUUAAACCUGAUCAGAACGUUGCAAGAAAAUCAAAUUUGUCAUAUUGUGAAACUGUGUAAUACACCCCAUGAAGAGCUCAUGGACUAUGAUGUGGCCAAAGUUGGUACGAGUAUGUGUAACAUAUGCCAAAUGUCUUUAAGCCUUAUAAAAAGUCUCGCCCAAAAUAACCAUUUUGCAAGACUCAUACACGACACCUUAAAUAAUAGUUGCAACUUACUUGUAUCCCCUUAUUUAAUAAGUAUGUGUCAUAGCGAAAUUCGUACACAUUGGCUGACAUGGUUAGGCACUUUGGAACAUUUUCAAGAAGCUCAAGUUUGUCAGACCAUUGAGAUGUGUCAUGCAAGGCAAAUAUAUGACGACAAUAACAAUGCUAGUGAUCGAUGCGAAGCCUGUAAAGGUAUAAGCCAUUUGGUGAAGUUCAUCUUCAAAAUACCAAAUUUUAAGACCAGAGUUCAUGCUGGAAUCAACAAAAUUUGCGACAUACUGCCUCUGGAAUUUGGAUCUAUUUGCCAUGCAGAAGUUAACAUUAAUUGGCAAAAAUGGAUGACUCUGCUGCAGACUAUUCCUGAUGGAAAAUUAUGCCAUAAGGUCAAUAUGUGUCCAUAAAUUCAAAAUUAUUUUUGUUUGAUUGUUAUUAUAUUAGCCAAAAUAUAAAAAAUAUAUAAAUACAAAAUAUUCUUUUUAUGUUGGUGUUAAUGCAAUAAAAUCAGCAACCUCCGGUUGGUUAGGAUUAUGUAAAAGCAACCAUUCCGCCAAACUUAUAACUGGAUCUAUUGGCUUUUUGUGUACGAUUUCAGCCAAACCUUUUAGUAAAAUCGGCUUUAUGAAAGUAGUAAUAUAAUCUUUAACUUUGGCUGCUUCAAAUGGCAAUGGCUCUUGUAUAUCUCUUGGAUAAAAGUAUCGAUUUUCUCUCCUGGCAUCAUUAGCACCUUCAGAACCAUGCAAAGCAUUAGGGAAAUCCCCCAAUAACCCGAACCUGUAUCUGACGCUGCGAGGAAAGAACCACUCUUCGCGCAAAGUACCCGCUGGACCAAUCAUAGUUUUCCAUUUUUCCACUGCCUUCAACGCUUGCAACGAAAGUACCAAAAUUGGUGCGGCACUUACUGUAACCACCAUAUGAGGAAACGUAGGAGUUCCGUAAUAUUUUUCGUAGACUUCGGACACUUGUUCUGGACUAAGGUGGACGGUUCUUUGAUUAACAAUUUUCAAUCCAGCUUCAUGAAUAGCCCUCAACACCACAUCCUUGUAGCACAAAGCUUCAGGUUUAACAAUAGCCAGGGUCCUUUGUAAAGCGUUUUCGUCGCACGAUAACGUCGAAAUUGACGAAGAAGAUGGGCUAGCUUUAGUUUUGAAAGCUUCUAGCCGAGGGUAUUCCGGGCGAUAGUAAAACUGUUGGUAGUCCAAAUCGCCUUCGCAUUCUGAACGUGCUGUUGUCGCCGGGGAAAGGUAAUGGAUAGUAUCUGGACGAUCGGUUGCAUCACUUGUUCCGUGUCUUUGUGAGCUCUUGUGAGUGCUUGGUGUAUUGGUAAAGUCACUAGAAGUUAUAGAGCUUUCUGUAAUGAAUCCUAUAUCGUCUUUGGAUGUUACUUGAAUAUUCAUGAUUGGAAAUUUGUC